AUGGUGACAACAUCUUCCUGUUCCAACGUCAACGUAGGACCACAAGUGUUCAUCAAUUUCCGAGGAAAAGAUGUGCGUAGCAACUUCAUCCCCCAACUCCGUAAGGCAUUGAAAGGGAGCGGGAUCAAUUCUUAUAUGGACACUGAUAUGCCUCGGGGCCAAAAACUCGGAAACCUUUUCAAAAGAAUUGAGGAGUCGAAGAUUGCUUUGGCGAUUUUAUCGAAGAGUUACACGGAUUCACAAUGGUGCAUGGAUGAGCUGGUGAAGAUUAAGGAAUGUAGUACAAAAGGGGAAGGAUGCGAAAAUCUAAUUGUCAUUCCAAUCUUCUACAAGCUUGACACAUCUAUCGUGAGAGGGCUUGAAGGUGAUUUCGGUGUUAACCUACUGAAUCUGUGGAGGACGCCAGGUGGUGUUCGAGACGACCGGAUUCUUAAGUGGGACGCGGCUUUGCAGGAUGUCCUGAGCAGAGCGGCUUUGGUAUUCCAAGAAAGCAGUGAGGAGAAGGCUUUCGUGGCUAAGAUCGUCACAAAGGUUCAGGAUGCAUUAACCCAAACUUUGUCCCCAAGUCAAGAAAACCCUAAAUCCCCAGAGGUUGGAGGAGAAGAAAUCUCUAAGCCCCCAAAGUUUCUUAACAGAGCAUCAAGUAGUGCUGAAUCUGGUCAACAACGCUUGAAGCAAUUGGAAGAGAAGUUGGAUGUGGAGUGCAAUGACGACAAAACUCGUAUUCUUGGACUCGUCGGGAUGGCUGGAAUCGGCAAAACCUAUCUCGCCGAUAAACUCUUCGUUAAGCUUAAGACGGAGAUCGGUCGUGGCCUGUUUAUUACGUUCGGCGAUGAGAAAACGAAGGAACAAGAAUUGGGUUCGUUGCAGAAGACACUUGUUGAGGGUUUACUGAAGAAAGAUUAUCCUAAUCUGAGCUUCGCCUAUGGGGAUACACGUGAAGUUUGGAAGAAUCUUCUAAUCGAGAAGAAAGUCGUGGUUGUUUUCGAUAACGUGAGCGACAAGAAACAGAUCGAGUCGCUUUUGGGGAACUGUGACUGGAUUAAGAAAGGGAGCAGGAUCAUUAUCACGACACGUGACAAGUCAUUGACCGAGGGAUUAUUAGACUGUGGUCUUUACGAGGUCCUUGGGUUGAAUGAGAGAGAGGCUUUAGAGCUCUUUAAAGCUCAGUUCUCUAGUAAUCUCGAGGGAAAUUUCAUAGAACUGUCAAGAAAGUUCUUGGACUAUGCAGGAGGCAACCCAUUAGCUCUCGAGGCAUUUGGUGAGGAGCUUCGUGGGAAAGACGAAGAUCUUUGGGAAGAAAGACUUGGAACACUGACAAAAGUUUCAAAUGAAAAGAUUAGGAAGGUCUUGAGAAUUUGGUUUGAUGAACUAAACCAGAAGCAGAAAGAUGCGUUUCUUGAUAUAGCAUGUUUCUUCAGAUCACAAGAUGAGAGCCACGUUAGAGGUUUACUUGAUUCUUUUGACCCUGAGUCUGCUGAAGCCGAAGCUGUAAAUGUAUUUAGAGAUCUUCUAGAUAAGUUCUUGAUAAGUGUAUCUGAUGGCCGAGUCGAGAUGCAUGAUCUACUAUUUACAAUGGCCAUGGAACUUGUUGAAACAAGUGGAGAGAAACAUUGGUUAUUUCCGUCAAAUGUAGCAGGAUGGUCUUCUGAUGCGCUCAAAAACAAAGAGGGAAAAGAAAAGGUCAGAGGUAUUAUCUUAGACAUGUCUAAAAUGGAGAAAAGACCGUUAGACAACCAAGCUUUUAUUGGUAUGAGAAGUCUACGUUACCUGAAAGUCUACUAUUCCCAGGGAGAACCUGAGUGCAAGUUAAACUUACCAGAUGGAAUUGAGUUCCCAAAAGAUAAUGUUGUGCAAUAUCUUGACUGGAUUAAAUUCCCUGGGAAGGAACUUCCAGCAGAUUUCGAACCGAAAAAUCUCAUCGAUCUUAGGUUGCCUUACAGCAAGAUUAUCAGUAUAUGGAACUGUGCUAAGGUUGCACCAAAACUGAAGUGGGUUGAUCUAAGUUACUCGAUUAAGUUAAGAGAUAUUUUAGGUCUAUCAAAUGCCCCAAAUCUUUUGAGGUUAGACCUAAAAUGGUGCACGAGUUUGACAGAGCUACCUGAGGAGAUGCAAAAGAUGAAGAGUCUUGCUUUCUUAAACUUAAGAGGAUGCACAAGUCUCAUGUCUCUGCCAAGUAUCACUAUGGACUCCCUCAAGACUCUCAUUCUCAGCGGCUGUUCAAAACUUCAUACAUUCAAGGUGAUUUCUGAAAAUCUAGAAACUCUUUACUUAAACGGCACUGCGAUAGCUGAACUUCCUCAAGCCAUUGGUGAUCUACAAAGACUUAACUUCUUGAAUCUGAAAGACUGCAAAAAACUGGAGACCCUUCCUGAUUAUCUCGGGAAGCUGAAAUCUCUGCAAGAACUCAAGCUCUCUGGUUGUUCAAAGCUCAAGAUGUUCCCCGAUGUUGAGCAGAUCAUGGAAAAGUUUCGGGUUUUGCUGCUUGAUGGAACAUCGAUAAAAGAGAUGCCAAGAAAUAUUUUCGACUUGUCAUCUCUGCGACGUCUAUGCCUAAGCAGGAAUGAUAAAAUAUGCAGCCUAGAAUUCGACAUGGGUCGAAUGUUGCAUCUGAAGUGGCUAGAGUUGAAGUACUGCAAGAAUCUCACAUCUCUUCCGAGUCUUCCACCGAAUCUUCAAUGCUUAGAUGCACAUGGUUGUACUUCACUAAGAACAGUCACAAGUCCACUAGCCCUUGUUUUGCCGACCGAGCAGAUUCAUUCCAUUUUAACUUUCACUAACUGUCAUGAAUUGGAACAAGUGUCGAAGAAUGCUAUCAUUUCUUACGUUCAGAAGAAAACAGAGUCGAUGUCACAUGAUCGAUAUAAUCAGGAUUUUAUUUUCAAAUCCUUGAUUUGCACAUGCUUUCCUGGAUGUGAAAUACCGGCAUUGUUCAAGCACCAAGCAUUGGGAGAAAUCAUAAAUGUGGAGCUUCCUCAAGAUUGGGAUGAAGGUAGACAUAUUGGGAUAGCUUUAUGUGUUGUAGUCUCUUUCAAAGAGUACAAAGACAAAACCAAUUGUCUCCAAGUGAAGUGCACGUGUGAGUUUGAUAAUGUAUCCUUCACCCCGGAAAAUUUCAUUGUUGGUGGUUGGUCCGAACCAGGCGAUGCACCACAUAGGGUUGAGUCGGAUCAUGUAUUCAUUGGCUACACCACUAGGUUCAAUACCAAGAAACUUCCACAGUUAUCAUCAGUUAAUGAAGUGUCCCUUAGAUUUGAGGUGACAAAUGGUACAAGUGUUGUUGCGGAAUGCAAGGUGAUGAAGUGUGGCUUCUCAUUGGUCUAUGAGCCUGAUGAAGUUGAGAACACAUCUUGGGAGGCAACUUCAAGAAUGGAGAAAAGAAGCUCUUAUACAGAAGAUGCUGAUGAUUAUCCAAAUGACACCAACGCCGAUGCUAGUCCAACCACUGCCAAGUAUAACCGGAUUGAUAGUUUACUCAAAUAUCUUAGAAGAGCGUAA